AUGCAAUCAUUUAUAAUGAUAUUCUUAUGGAUGAGUUAUUGCUUCGUGUCAUGUACUGAGCCGGCGAUCGAUAAUAUCCGAGUCCGAAAUGGGAUCAGAAAAUUACAACAUCAUUCCAGAAAUAAUGUAAAUGAUAAGACAAAAUGGCGACAAUUGAUAACUGGUGAAAUUGGUAGGAUAGUUGCUGAUCAGAUGUUUGGGUGUAAACGCUGCAACCAGUCAAUGCAAAUAAUGCAUGCACCUUAUCUACAUAUUUCAUCAUCAGAUGUUAUUGCUCCUUUUUAUGGCACUGAUAGGAGUAGUAGACAUAGUGUUGGUAAAAUUAAUGGGAUUAGUAUACCGUGGAAACGUAUGAUGAAGUUCCCAAAGACGCGAGUUGAAUAUAGACCAAAAGGAUUCAAAACAAGAGUUAAUGGUAAUUCAAAUGAAGUUGCUUUCGCUCCAAAUGUUAGCAAAUUAAAUUCAACCCAUUUAUCUCCUUAUCAGCAACAACGACAGCAUAACAUUUAUAAGAAACAAUUUCAAACUCCAGUUUCCUUUUCCUCAUCUCGAACACAAGGACAUGAUGCAGUGAAACCAUCACUUUACUACAAUCCUUGGGAUCCAUUCGGACUACUUAAUAAUCCGUUCUGGAAGUCAAUUUUUCCAAAUCUUUUUGCUCCACAACCACAGUUAUUGGUUUCAACUACAUUAAAACCUGCUCGAGGUGUUAAUUUGCAAGAAAGGUUAAAGUUACCGACGAAAUCCUCCAUAUCACCAAACCAAAAACUCGGUCUAUGCUGCAGAAAACAAAAGCUUUCAACAUCAUGCCAAAAUUUAUGCAAUUACGAUACAUUCACUGACCGAUCGCUUGUAUCCGCGGUGAUAACGAAUCAAUGUCCCGGUUAUGAGCUUGAAUCGGCUUUCAAUUGUGCCACUUCUGGGGCUGAUCAUUCCGCUUGUUGCAAGAAAAAUGGUAUCGGUGAGUACAGGAAUGGUUAUUGCAUGGUAUUUUGUACGACACAUCUUGGUAUGCCACACAAUACAUUGAAAUACAUCGAUUGUCUAAAAGUUUUUGAUCGCAUUAAAAAUUGCUAUAGAGAGUAUCAUGUAGUAAAUCCGAAUAUUUAUGGUGAUUUAUGA